AUGUUUAUGCAACGGACUCUUAGUGUUCAAUUGAAUUUCUCGUACCUUUGCUGGAGGUCUAGUUGGGUUUUUAUAACGCUUAGAGUUCUUGGGUUUAGCCCCACUUCCCUAGCUUUGCGCAUCUCAUCCUCCACUUCGCGCCGAUUCGGUGUGUCAGUUGGGACCGUUGUCCCUGGCGCUAAUGUUGCAUCGUCUAUUGUUAGCACUGGGCCUGUCCUUGGAUUUACGGGCUUCACCUCACCUGUUGGAUUUUCCACUUGUGCUGGGCCUACCUCGGAGGCCGUUCCUAACCCAUUUGAUGACGCGUCCAAGCUUGGGUUCGUUCCCAAAAUUUGGAUUUCCAUUUUAGAAGUUAGUGUUCCAUUUGUGUUUUGCAGGCCUGAGUCAUUGGGUUCUAUUGUUGGAAUUGUUUUCUUGGUCCUGGGAAUCUUAUUCCAGUAUUUCAACUUCACUGCAGAUUCAAAUUUAAGGGCGUUAGUGAAAAAACUGUUCCCACCAAUUGAGGGACACCAAAGUUCAUCUUCACGUAGCCUCCCAAGUUUGGAGACAACCAUUCUCUCAAUCUCUCUCAAUCUCUUUCACAAGAUGGUGAAGAAUAAUAAUGUGGCUAGUGGAUCACGAGUUCCGGCUGUAUGGAAUAAUCAGAAUACAACUAUAUUUUGUGACCUGUGUAUCAAGGAGGUGGAGGCAGGUAAUCGUCCUGGUACUCACUUUAAGAAAGAAGGAUGGGAAAAUGUGAGGAUUAGCUUGAGUAAAGAGACAGGAGCCGAGUAUGAUAAAUCACAAUUGAGUUUAAGGGAGUUCCGGAAGAGAUAUUGA